AUGGAUACCGGCGACAAAAACUGGGCUACCAAGUACUUGCUUGACCCAUUGAACGCCCCAGAUCCUUCUCAAGAAGAUGGUCCAGGAAACACCUUCCGACCUGGUGCGACGGUCGCUCCAGUCAAGCCUUCCCCUCAAUCGAAGCAACUGGUUGGAAGGCGCCUCUCAAAGACAAACCCAUACCGCAAGAACUCCAUUUCCAACACUUCCACAACCGAGAUCAAGCGGUCUGCCUCACUGAACAGCAAUGGCUAUUCUCCGAUUUCGAGCAACAAGGGCCCAUACCCGCCGCAGUCGUAUCCUUCACCCCCGCCCUCAGCGACCUCGCCACCCGCCGCAAAGCAGCAUUCACAGUCUCCUCAAUCUCCACGGUCUCCCCAGACGCCUCGGUCCCCCAACCAUAGACAAGAGGCCUUCGGGAGUGAAAACCCUUCCAGCCCCCACGGUGGUAGUGGUCGUCGCCGACGAGGGAGCUCCCUGUCUGAGCGCUAUCCAGGAGACAUGUCGCACCGCCCUCUCGAUACUCUGACAAAGGAGAAAGCCGUGGCAGAUAAGGCGCGUCACGCGACCAGAAAACACCACAUUCAACCGGACAUCAUUGACAACCUUGACAUGACCGGCGGCGGGGCCUAUCACCACGGCGGCCCAUACGACGCUACUUUAUUCGCACGUAACAAUUCAGUGAACAGUCCGUUGGCCGCCGUAGCCGAUUCCAACCAGGAAGCUUUGAAAGCAACGCCCAAGGAGAAAAUCAUUGACUCCGUCAGGGGCCACAGACCACUCGACGGCGUCGCCGCGUACGCUCCAGGAAACAUGGAUCGCAACGGAAACGUCUACAACUACGAAGAGGGCGACAAUAUGAUGAUUGAAGGCGGGCCGGAAGGUGGAGCCUAUAAACGAUGGCCGGGUGUUCAAUAUGACCCCCGUGAUGUCAAAGGCAAGGGCGAACCAAGUUACAGUUUGGAGAAGGCUCUGAAAGAGCACAAGAUCUCUGAAGAGGAGCAGAAGGCCAACGGCGGCAAUGGCAUCGAAAUGAAGAAUCGCAACCGGAGCUCUAGUGGUCCCGUUCCGCCCACUGUAGAUCGAUCGGGGUGGGACGGCGAGGGGCUCGGAAGAAGUGGAAGUAUCGGCAAGAGGCUUAGUGGAGGAUUGAAGAAAAGAUUCGGAAGUAUAAAGAGAAGUCACCACCGCGACGAUUAA